AUGGGCCAAAGCCGCCCUAGCCUUUGCCAAUGCUGCACUGCCAAUUCUGGAGCAACAGGCGAUGAAGUCUCGCUGCAACGGACGUGCUGCCAGGAACCUUGGUCUCGGACACCUGACGUCCCCGAGUGGAUGAAGGCAUUGUCUCCGGCUUUUGACAGCAGCCAGGCGAUACUAAUGCUGUCAGCCUGGGAGCAGUUCCACGAGGACCUUAAGCGAAGAACCAAACACUUUGUGGAGACCAUGGUUGCUGGCUUGCCAUGCCGUGUGGUGAAUGGACCAGGAAAAUGUACUACUGCAAAAGCAACGCUGGAUCUUCUCUUCACAACCUUGACAAUCUCUGAUUGCGAGUCAGCUCUGCAACAACGAUGCUUUUGGUUGGCAGACAUUCGGAAUCUGUGGCUUUGCUCUGACAGCGAGCUUGCACGAAGAGCACACCAGGCGUUGGCGCCGUUUGCAGUAGCAGAGGAGGCAGAGCUCGCAUGCUUGGUACUUCUGGAUGGAGCCAGUCAGCCGUUGCCACUCUUGCUCCGCAGCUCUGAGGCGCGGGAAGACUUCCUCGACUGCAUGUCUGUGCUCAUUGCAGCGCAUAGACAACGACUAGAAAAGGACAAGGCAGCACUUCCUCAACCUUCUUGGCUUCCGAAACCUGAUCUAGCAGGUCUCCGGCAGUAUGGGUGCAGCUUACGAAGCUGUCAUUUGGCAGGGCCUUUGGGUGCCUGGCUGGCAACUUGCGCUCCACUGGGCCAACCAGUUCAAGCACAAAGCUACGCAGCGCCUGAGUCUCCUUGCAAGGGCUUCAAGGCUUCAGCCAAAAGCAAAUCUCGAGCUCGUGCAGCUUCCAUCAGUAUCCAGCCAUUUCAACGUGCUGCAAGCCAAGAAAGUGAAGGCGAAUCAAACCUUGGCGUUGGAAAGGAGUGA